UUCACAAGUGAAAUUUUGUACUCUAGCAAUGGCGUGUCAAGCACAGAACCGUGAAAAACAGCUUUCAUGUGAACCUGACGAAAAACGUUACUUUUGUCAAGAUUGUUCAAAGACAUUUCCUUUCCUUUCACAAUUUAAGAAGCAUUUGAGGGUUCACACUGGCGAAAAACCAUAUUCAUGCGAUCACUGCUCUAAAGCAUUCACUCAAUCUUCAAAUUUAAUAAAACAUAUGAGAGUACAUACUGGUGAAAAACCCUUUGCAUGUGAAUAUUGCCCAAAGGCGUUUUCUUUGAGUUCACACUUAGAGACACAUGUGCGGAUCCAUACCGGCGAAAAGCCAUAUUCAUGCGAAUGUUGCUCGAAGGCAUUUUCUCGCAGUUCAAGCUUAAAGACACAUUUGAGGGUCCAUACUGGUGAAAAGCCGUAUUCGUGUGACCAUUGUUUAAAGACUUUUUCAGACGCUUCAAACUUAAAGCAUCACAUGAAAGUCCACACUGGCGAAAAGCCAUAUACGUGUGACUAUUGUUCGAAGACUUUUUCUGACGCUUCAAACUUGAAGCAUCACAUGAAAGUCCACACUGGCGAAAAGCCACAUUCGUGUGACCAUUGUUCAAAGAGUUUUUAUGACGCUACAAACUUAAAGCAUCACAUGAAAGUCCACACUGGCGAAAAGCCAUAUUCAUGCGAAUGUUGCUCGAAGGCAUUUUGUCGCAGUUCAAGCUUAAAGAUUCAUUUGAGGGUUCAUACUGGUGAAAAGCCGUAUUCGUAA